AACGCAAACAGCAACAUUACAGGAAGAGCAAAGUUGGUAGAUAAAAGCAGACAGUGAAGGAGGGAAAUUGAAAGAUGAUGAUUUUGAGAGUGAUGAGGGCUUUGGGUCCAUUGAAAUCUCAGUUACUGCUUACACGUUCUUCAGGUAAUUUCACCUGCUGCUUUCAUUUUCAUUCAGUUUCUCGCUUCUCCACUAACCCUAACCCUAAUUAUAUCCCUUAUUCCUCCAAUCCAACUCAUGCUGGACUUCAACAUUUACUCCGUGAGAAAUCUAAGGUCGGUUUCGAUAAACUCGAUGAUGCUCUUCGAGUGUUUGAUGAAAUGCUCCUUAUGAAACCUCUGCCUACUGUUAUCCACUUCGCUCAACUAUUAGCUGCCCUUGUUAAAAUGAAAGAGUACUCUGUAGCUGUGUCUCUCUUUAGGGAUAUGCGUGUAAAUAGCAUCCCUGUUAAUAUAGUUACCAUAAAUACUAUUAUCAACUGUUUUUGCCAUUUGAAUCAUGUCGAUUUUGCCUUUUCAUUACUGGCUGGAAUCAUCAAGCAUGGUUUUGUCCCUGAUGUGGUUACUUAUACCACUCUCAUCAGGGGCCUUAUUUCCCAAGAUAUGCUUCAAGAGGCUCAGCUUUUGUUCCAGAACCUCAUCAGAUUUAAACUUAUUCAACCCGAUGUUGUUACCUAUACAACUAUUAUUCACGGCAUCUGCAAGAGAGGGAAUCCUUCUGUGGCUGUUAAGUUGUUCAAGAAUAUGGUGAAGCAAGGUUGCAAGCCUAAUACUGUAACUUACAACACACUUAUUGACUGUUUAUGUAAAUAUAGGUUAGUCGAUCAAGCAUUGGGUCUUCUCCAUCAAAUGACAAGGAAAGGCAUAUCCCCAGAUGUUAUAACCUACAACUCAGUAAUUCAAGGUCUGUGUGACUUUAAUCGAUGGCAUGAUGUCAAACAACUGCUCAAGGAGAUGGAUUUUAGGAACAUUUCUCGAAAUGUUUUUACUUACAAUAUAUUGAUUGAUGCGUAUUGCAAAGAAGGAAUGAUUAAAGAUGCAGAGGAUGUGAUAGAGAUAAUGAUUCAAAGAGGCCAUUGUCCUGAUGUAGUAACAUAUAGUGCACUCAUGGAAGGAUACUGCUUGCGGGGAGAGGUUGAUAAAGCAUUAGCAGUGUUCGAAAGCAUGACGAGAGAGGGAAUAUUGCCUGAUACUCAUAGCUAUAGUAUCCUCAUCAACGGAUAUUGUAAAAAGAUGAAAGUGGACAGAGCAAUAGAUCUUUUUCUACAAAUGCCCUCUGAAGGUUUAACCCCAACUAUUGAGACUUACAAUACUAUAUUGCAAGGUUUUUUUCAUGCUGGAAGACAUGUUGAAGCGCGCAAAUUUUUUAAGGAAAAGAUGUUGCUGAACGAAGGUCUUCAGUUGGAUAGAGUGACUUGCGCUAUUAUAGUGAAUGGUCUUUGUGAGAACCAUUAUGUUCGUGAAGCACUGUCCUUUUUUCAAAUGAUGGAAUGCAGUGGGUUAGUUCCAGAUAUAUGCAUCUACACCAUUCUGAUUGAUGGAUUAAGCAAAAAUGGACAACUUAAAGAAGCAAGAACUCUUUUUAACAACCUUGCUGCAAAAGGUUUGCGACCUGAUGUCAAGACAUACACAAUGAUGAUCCAAGCAUAUUGUCAUGGAGGGUUAUUGGAUGAAGCGAACGAACUAUUGAGGGAAAUGGAAGCUAAUGAUUGCUUGCCUAAUGAUGUCACAUACAACAUGCUAAUCCGUGGUUGUUUACACAAUAAGAAGUACUAUGAAGCAGGUGUAUUCCUAGAUGAAAUGCUUGGUCGCUGCUUUGCAGCAGAUGCAUCUACAGCAUCUGCAUUACUGAACUUACUUGAAGUGCAAGAACCGGAUCCUCCUCUCCUUGCCUUGCGUGAUAAGUACUCUCCAUAGGUGUGUGGAAGGAAGAGAGUGCCCGGGUACAUAAUCUUUUCGAUUUUGCUAGCAUUUUUCACAAAUUUGCAGGCAGUAACAAUCAUGAUGGUAUGUAGUGAGGACAGGCUCUACUACUAUUAUGUUUAUGUCAUUCUUGUAAAGUUUGCAGUUCUCCUACUAAGUAAUAUAUUUUCUUCCAUGUACUGAAAUUACAAAUUUGCUUGCUUUGUGUAAGAGGUUCUUGCCAUAGUUACUUUUUUCUGUUUCAAGUGAUGAACAUUAAUUUUUUAUGGAUCAGUUAUACAUCUAUUAGAUUACUUAAUGUAUGUGUUGUAACUGUUGAUUAGUAUGAGAUAACAAGUCCAUGAACCUCAUGUGCUAUUAAACUUGGAAUUUAACAACUGCUCUUGGAUGAGUUUGUCCUAUGAAAUAUUGUUUAAGUUCUAUUUCAGAGAGUUCCUCUAUUCCUCUUCCUGUUGCUCUGGUGAUUAAUCGAGGAAAGCAAAGAGUAUUCUUCUUAAUGAGUGCAAAUGUGGUGUACUGGUGUUUACAAAUAUAUUUAAUUGCCUUUUUGAUUGUUUCCUCUGUAUAUAAUUUGCCUUUAUGAUUGGACUGGAUCAGAACGGAGCGCUCAUUUAGAAGAGGUAGUUUUGAUGCAAGUAUAUUCAGGAUGAAGAAUUCUGGACUUGCUGUCUUUUCUAUUCAAACAGCUGUGACAGAGUUGAAGUAGUAUAUCGGCAGAUACCCUCUACCACCUACAUGCCAAUGGACCUACUCAGAUC